AUGGAAAAAUUCCUCUUUUAUCUGUUUUUCAUUGGCAUAGCAGUGAGAGCUCAGAUCUGUCCAAAGCGUUGUGUCUGUCAGAUUUUGUCUCCUAAUCUUGCAACCCUUUGUGCCAAGAAAGGGCUUUUAUUUGUUCCUCCAAACAUUGACAGAAGAACUGUGGAACUGCGGUUGGCAGACAAUUUUGUUACAAAUAUCAAAAGGAAAGAUUUUGCCAACAUGACCAGCUUGGUGGACCUGACUCUGUCCAGGAAUACAAUAAGUUUUAUUACACCUCAUGCUUUUGCCGACUUACGAAAUUUGAGGGCAUUGCAUUUGAACAGCAACAGAUUGACUAAAAUUACAAAUGAUAUGUUCAGUGGGCUUUCCAACCUCCAUCAUUUGAUAUUGAACAAUAAUCAGCUGACUUUAAUUUCAUCUACAGCGUUUGAUGAUGUCUUUGCCCUUGAGGAGCUGGACCUGUCCUAUAAUAAUUUAGAAACAAUCCCUUGGGAUGCUGUGGAGAAGAUGGUUAGCUUGCACACCCUUAGUCUGGACCACAAUAUGAUCGACAAUAUUCCUAAGGGGACUUUCUCCCACUUGCACAAGAUGACUCGGCUAGAUGUAACAUCCAAUAAAUUGCAGAAGCUGCCACCUGACCCUCUCUUUCAGCGAGCUCAGGUACUAGUGACCUCAGGAAUUAUAAACCCAUCUACUUUUGCAUUAAGUUUUGGUGGAAACCCUUUGCAUUGCAAUUGUGAAUUGUUGUGGUUGAGACGUCUGUCCAGAGAAGAUGACCUGGAGACCUGUGCUUCUCCAGCACUUUUAACUGGUCGCUAUUUUUGGUCAAUUCCUGAGGAAGAGUUUUUGUGUGAGCCUCCUCUCAUUACUCGUCAUACCCAUGAGAUGAGAGUCCUGGAGGGUCAAAGGGCAACCCUGAGGUGCAAAGCCAGGGGAGACCCUGAACCUGCAAUUCACUGGAUUUCUCCGGAAGGGAAGCUGAUUUCAAAUGCAACAAGAUCUCUGGUGUAUGAUAAUGGAACACUUGACAUUGUUAUAACAACUGUGAAGGAUACAGGUGCUUUUACCUGCAUUGCUUCCAAUCCUGCAGGGGAAGCAACACAAACAGUGGAUCUUCACAUAAUUAAGCUCCCUCACUUGCUAAACAGUACAAACCACAUCCACGAGCCCGAUCCUGGUUCUUCAGAUAUCUCAACUUCUACGAAGUCAGGCUCUAAUGCAAGCAGUAGUAAUGGUGAUACUAAAAUGAGUCAAGAUAAGAUUGUGGUGGCAGAAGCAACAUCAUCUACGGCAUUACUUAAAUUUAAUUUUCAAAGAAAUAUCCCUGGAAUACGUAUGUUUCAAAUCCAGUACAAUGGUACUUAUGACGACACCCUUGUUUACAGAAUGAUACCUCCUACGAGCAAAACUUUUCUUGUCAAUAACCUGGCUGCUGGAACUAUGUAUGACUUGUGUGUCUUGGCAAUAUAUGACGAUGGCAUCACUUCCCUCACUGCCACAAGAGUCGUGGGUUGCAUCCAGUUUACUACAGAACAGGAUUACGUGCGAUGCCAUUUCAUGCAGUCCCAGUUCUUGGGAGGCACCAUGAUUAUUAUUAUUGGUGGGAUAAUUGUAGCAUCCGUGCUGGUUUUCAUCAUCAUUCUCAUGAUCCGGUAUAAGGUUUGUAAUAAUAACGGGCAGCACAAAGUCACCAAGGUCAGCAAUGUCUACUCUCAAACUAAUGGGGCUCAAAUGCAAGGCUGCAGUGUAACGCUGCCCCAGUCCAUGUCCAAACAAGCUGUGGGACAUGAAGAGACUGCUCAGUGUUGUAAAGUUGCCAAUGACAAUGGGAUGCAAGCUUCAGAAAUUUGUUCGAGUCAGGACUCCUCUACCACUACCUCUGCUUUGCCUCCUACCUGGACUUCAAGCACGUCUGUGUCCCAGAAGCAGAAAAGAAAGACAGGCGCAAAGCCAAGUACCGAACCGCAGAGCGAAGCUGUCACAAAUGUUGAGUCCCAAAACACUAACAGGAACAACUCAACUGCAUUGCAGUUAGCUAGUCGACCUCCUGAUUCUGUCACAGAGGGGCCCACAUCUAAAAGAGCACAUUCAAAGCCAAAUGCUUUGCUGUCUAAUGUUGACCAGACUGUCCAGGAAACACAGAGGCUGGAGUUAAUCUGAAGAGCACCACUUCUCUCUCUCCUGAAAAAAGUUGCCACUGAUAUUUUUAAUGGAUAAAAUUCAAAAAAUGUUUCAAAUCGCAAUGGCUAAUUGUUGAACUCGUGUCCUAGAAGAAAUUGUUCACAGGACCCGAAACAGAUGUCUCUGAUGUUGGUGGAACUGGCUCACGUUUCAUCCCCUUUUAAAAAGCCAAAUUGUUUUUUCUUCUGGCCCACAGUAUU